AUCCGGGAGGCGAAAUGUUGUGACGUUGUGUAAAAUGCAAGUUACGAAUCCAAACGAUGUUAAAAUUUACAAUUUAAGUGCUGGAAAAUCGUUACCAGAAUGGAUUUCUGAAAGAAGAAGACGGGCUUUACAGAAAAGUGAUAUCGAAAUUCAAAGACGAAUUCAGCUGCUGCAGGAUUUUGAGAUGCCAACUGCAUCGAUGCGAGUGAAGGUGUCUCCUGAUGGUCAAUAUAUUAUGGCUGCAGGGACGUAUAAACCAAGAUUACGAUGUUUUGAUGUCAAUCAGUUGUCGAUGAAGUUUGAACGAUGCUUGGAUGCAGAUGUUCAACAAUUUCAAAUUUUGUCCAACGAUUACACAAAGGUCGUUCUUAUGCUAGCCAACCGAGUAAUUCAACUUCACUCUCAGAAUGGCUACUAUUAUCAGACAAGAAUCCCAACAUUUGGACGUGACAUGGCCUAUCACUACCCGUCAUGUGAUCUCUACAUGGUUGGAGCAAGUUGUGAUGUUUAUCGACUCAAUUUGGAGCAGGGAUGCUUUCUUAGUUCGUAUGCAACUGAAGCGACGUCGUUGAACGUGUGCCGGUUGAAUCAGGAGCAUCAACUGUUGGCUGUUGGUUCGGACGAUGGCAAAAUUGAAUGUUGGGAUCCUCGGAGCAGAUCCCGAGUUGGACAGUUGGAUGUUACUAUGGCAACCAAUUUACUGCAAACAGAAGACAUUUCGGUCUUGCCUGCGGUGACUGCGUUGCAGUUUAGAGAUGCACUGACGAUGGCUGUUGGUACGGCAAGUGGACAGGUUCUUUUAUAUGACAUUCGUUCUAAUCAACCGUUUCUUACUAAAGACCAUUACUACGGGCUUCCGAUAAAGAGCAUCGAAUUUCAAGACGAUCUCGGAGUUGUUCUGUCUGCAGACACGAGAAUUCUUAAAAUAUGGGACAGAAACAGUGGGACUCCAGUGACGGCAAUAGAACCGCAAUCGGAUAUCCAUGACAUUUGUGUUUAUCCAAGCUCAGGUCUCAUUUUUAUGGCAAAUGAAGGAGAGAAAAUUUUAUCGUAUUACAUUCCUACUUUGGGUCCUGCUCCCAAGUGGUGUUCCUUCCUCGACAGUUUGACUGAAGAGUUGGAAGAGAAUCCACAGCAAGAAGUGUAUGAAGAUUACAAGUUUGUGACAGCGAAAGAUCUUGAGAGUCUUGGGCUCUCACAUCUUAUCGGAACGAACUUAUUGAGAGCGUACAUGCAUGGAUACUUUAUGGAUAUACGUCUUUAUCAUAAGGCUAAAAGUUUAUCCGACCCAUUUGCCUAUGAGGAAUAUCGAAGAAGUAAAAUACAGAAGAAACUAGAAGAACAGAGAGCAAACAGAGUUCAAGCAAAGAAGCUACCAAAAGUGAAUAGAAUGUUAGCAGAGAGACUCGUAGGAUCUCAGAGACAACCGGCAAAGAAGCGCACGACACAAAAUCCUCUUGAUGAUGCAAGGUUUAGUGAGAUGUUUACCAACCCUAACUUCCAAGUCGACGAAGAGAGCGAGGAGUACAAGUUGUUGCAUCCUGUGAUAUCAAAACAAGAGAAGAAACGUCUAAGGGAGUUGGAAGAAGAAAAGCAAGUUGAGCAGCAGCGGCAACUAGAUGAGGAACUGGAGGGAAUGGUUAGUGAAGAAGAGACAAGUACAGAUGAAGACAAUGAAGGUGAUGAUUCAGACCCACCGUCUUUCUCCAAACCACCCGGAAAGUCAAAAAAUGAAAUGUCUGGCAGUCGCCUUGGCAAUCGCUAUGGUAAUCACCGUGGCAACCAAAGCAAGUUCGAACUGAAGACAAAGAUGAGGUUAAUUGAAGCGUCAGACAAAGCCGUUUCGGCAAGUUUUCAACCAUUUUUGUCGACGACGACGAAACUUGCGUUAGGAGAACGGCUGAAAGAGGGUGAAAAUCAAGGCGAUGAUACAGUGUUAAGGGUAGGAGAGAGUCUCUCCGGGAACAAGACUGUCGUUUUCAAAUUUAAAAAGACAGCUAGAGAGAGCGUCUAUCAACGAAAAUUGAGAGAGCAUGGCGAAGAAAGGCGGAAACUACGUCGUUCUGCCCGGCCUGUUGCCCCUGAUAGAAGAAAGAUGCGUGGAGUAUUUUGGCGCGGACGUCGCAUCAGAUAGAGCAGAACAGGAAAAUGUUAAACAUACAUGUGGACGGUACUUGCACUGAUUAAUAGACAGAUUUUUCUUUGUACAAUUUACUGGUUGACUAAUUGUCUCUAAAAUUUGAAUUGAAAACAUUCAGUUGGUGACAUGCAAUGUCCGUCAUCACCAGA